AUGGCCCCGUCUGCGAUCAGCGAUAUCCUCCCUUCCGGCCCCUUGGCCUCAAAAUCCGUUGCUCCUGGCAAGGAAGAACAUGUGCACGGCAUGCAAGACAAGUCGCCCCUCGCGGCCAUCUCGCACGGCGACGUGAUGUUGCCUGGUGUUCCCAAAUUCGACAACUUCGCCGCCCAACGCCAAUGGCAGCUUGAACAUAUGGCCGCGGCUUUCCGGCAUUGGGCACGAGAGGGCUUCGUCGAGGGAAUAUCAGGACAUAUCAGUGUGAGAGAUCCGGAGAACCACGAAGUCUUCUGGACGAAUCCGCUGGGUGUGCAUUUCGGCCUUCUUAAAGCAAGCGACAUGAUAGCAGUGGAUCUGUCGGGCAAGGUCGUGGGAGGAAACAGAACCCGACCCCCCAACGCCGCUGGCUUCUUAAUCCACAGCGAGGUCCACAAAGCCCGCCCGGACGUGACUGCGAUCUGCCACGCCCACACCGUCUACGGCAAGGCUUGGUCCGUCUUCGGCCGGCCGCUGGAGAUGCUGACGCAGGAUGCCUGCAAAUUCUACAACUCCCACUCGGUCUACAACUCGUACGGCGGCGUCGUGCUCGCGAGCGAGGAAGGUGCCGAGAUCGCAAAGGCCCUGGGCCCGACCAACAAGGCCUGUAUCUUGCGGAACCACGGGCUGUUGACCGUGGGCAAGACGGUCGACGAGGCCGCCUUCCUGUUCCUCAGCAUGGAACACGCCUGCCAGGGCCAGCUGCUGGCCGAGGCCGCGAGCCAAGGCGGCAACUUGGCCAAGGUGCUCAUCUCGGACGAAGAAGCCACCUACACCAACAAGAUGGAGACCGACGACCAGACCAGCUACGCCGAGUUCCAGGUCUACGUCGAUUGGGAGGACUAUCACAGCAAAGGCGAAUUCAGGAAGUAA